AUGAGUGCUGUAAAUACAAUAGGUUUCAAUGCUCCAAGAAUGGUUUCGCUCUUUCAUGGAUAGUAUUAAUAGUCAUAACUUAUCAGUUAGUAUUAUACAAUAUACAGAAUUUAUAAAAUAUAUAUAGUAUUUAUCCUGAAGCUUGUUUUUAUUUUUCUGAACAUUAUGAAUGUGAGCUAGUUUUAGUAAAUAAAGAGAAUAAUUUAAUAAAUAUUUAAAAAUUGGAUCAAAUACAAAUAUUAAAAGAAAUUGAGAUAUAUAAUGAUGAAAUACCUAAAGAUAGAAUUAGAAAAGAUCAUAGAUAUAGAAAUGGAAAAACCUUUUAGAAUUAGGUAAGAAACUAGAACUACAUAAUUUAGUAAUGGAAAGAGUUUAGAAAUUAUGUAUUAGUAAUCUUAAGGGAUCAAUGUUAUAUCAUUAUAAUUAUGUCUUUACAGUAAUAUAAUAGAGAAAGAAAUAUUAAUUUUUGAUCCAGAUGGAAUGAAAAUAAUAAGUAAUCUUCCAUAAAGUAAUGUUGCUGUAUAUUUAAUAGAUAUUAUAGGAAGUUGUUGUUAGGGUGCACAUAUAUAUAUUUUGCUAAUAAAAGUUAAUAGAUGA